AUGCCUGUUUUAGCAGAUCAAGCACAAAUUCUUCGAUGUAUACAACGUGAUAAAGAAGUAAUUAGACAAAUUCAAGAUGACAUCAAAGAAAUUGUAUGUGAUAUGUUACCUAACAAAACAGGAAUUUUGAACCAUUUAAGAACACUUCAUCCUGUCAUUGCUCAAAUUUGUUACUAUAAUUAUACAUCACUUUCUAAGUAUCAAACACUUGGAGAAGAAUAUGUUGGGGUUGUUUUAUCACGAUCUAACCUUUCAACACCUUCCAGUUUUAAUUUACUUUGUAUGGUAUUGCUGCGGAUUUUGGGACCACAUAUAAUGCCUUAUCUACUUAAGUUGAGGGAAAAGUCUCUCAAAGAUGUGAAUUCUUUUAGAAGUACUGAGGAUAAACUGCUAGCUGCAAAGAAAAUAUUUAUCAUGAAAGAAGCAUUAAGUGUGUUAGAGAUUAUUCGAAAUGGGGUAUUUUAUUUGACUGGAUCAUUCUAUGAUAUAGCAAUGUGGACUACUGGCAUACAUUAUGUGCUUGUGCGACCUUGGUUAAGAGAUGAAAAAGUGUCAAAUUACUUCAGACUUCUUGGGCUAAUUACAUUCAGUCAUGCUGUUUUCAGUGCCGUUGAUAAAUGGCGUAAAGUGCAGCGUGUAUGUAAUGAGGAAAUGAAUACAGAAAGUGUUGUUUCAGAAAAAACAGAUUCAAAUAUGUAUUGUUAUUUGUGUAUGGAGAAAAGAAAAAAUUCUAGUGCAACACCUUGCGGUCACCUAUUUUGUUGGAAUUGUAUAAUUGAUUCAGUUCGAGUGAAGCCUGUAUGUCCUUUGUGUCGUGAAAGAGUCCUACCAUCAAGGGUAGCACUUCUAAAGAAUUAUGAUUAUUAA